AUGUCGUCGGCACCGUACCAAUACGCGCUAAGUUUUUACUCUGCCGCGCCACAGCAACGCGUAGCGCUCGACGACUUUGAGAAACUGGGGCACAAGCGCGUGCAGCUGUUGAGUCAGCUAAAAUACAUUCGAUGGGGUGUGCGUUCGACCGUCAAAGCAGAGGGACCGCCCGUUGACUCGCAACUGCAAGACUUUCCACCACAUUCCACUGCCGACCAGCUGUCGCAUUACGCCUUGCGCCUUGCGUUUUGCAGAGAUUCGAGUGGUUGGGACUGGCUGGUCGCUGCUGAAGCGAAGCUUUUGGCGGUUCGGCUCGAGAAGCUGCCACCGUAUGCAGCAGUUGGACUCCUAUCACGCGAAGGAAUUAGGUAUGAGCUGCUGAAUGCAGACGAUCUGAAGCUUGACGUGACGCAACGAGGGGUUUACCGCGUCCCGUUCACCGAUGCACCUACGCUAGUGAGGUGCCGUGAGGUGGUGCUGCACGAUGGGUUCUGCUUCGUCCCUCUCGGCAAGAUGAAAGCGGUGGCCAUACACUGUUUUCGACGAUCAAUGCAGCGGCAACUGCGUGACUUGCAGUGCACGAUACCUGCACAGCCGUUAGAACUAGAACGUCUGGUACCGAUGCUCGAUGCAUUUGUCGCGACGGCGCAUGCGUUGAAUGGCUCUGCGACUGCAGCAUAUCCGAGAGCCGCCGCGCACAAACUUGACGCAGCAACGGUCGACCAGGCCGCCGAGAGGCACUUUCCCUUGUGCAUGAAGCAGCUCCACCGCAAGCUUCGCGAGCAUCAUCAUUUAAAGUACGAUGGACGCGUGCAGUACCGGCUGUUCCUCAAAGGCGCGGGGUUCUCGGUCGACGAGUGCAUCGCGUUCUUCCGCAGCGAGUUUCUCCAGACGAUCCCAGCCGUCAAGUUUGACAAGGAGUACACGUACCACAUUCGCCACAGCUACGGGCUCGAAGGGUCUCGCAAGGACUAUGCCCCUCUGGACUGCGAGCGCAUCAUAGCUGGCAGCGCACCGGGUCACGGACAGUACCACGGCUGUCCUUUCAAGCACUGGAGCCCUGCUGCGUUGCAGACUGAGCUGCGUCGACAGGGUCUACCGCGCCACACGUCGACAGCAAUCGCGGAACAGGCAGCCGCAGGUCACUGUCAACGCGCGUGCAGAGCGCUGUUCGAGGCAACACAUCCCGCAAGUGCUCUGUGUACACAGUGCACGGAGCCAAACGGUCGUCAAGUGGCGAACGCUGCGAAGGUACGGACCUCUAGAGCUGAAUUCAUGCGGCAUCCGAACGCGUACCUGGCUGCGAGCAUGGCUACACUCGAAUGA